UGUUGUAAUGGAGGACACAUAUUUCGUGAUCGGACAUUUUGUAUGAUUGACAUUAGUUUCAUGAUAGCAAUCCAUAAAGAGUUUAUCGAUCUGGUAGGACAACCUGGAUUGAAUAGGAAUUAAACAAGAAUGUGAUAUUACCUUGUACCAUCCUACCACGAACUGCAAUGGAUGGAAAAGACUAUUUAACAUUACUAUGGAUAUUGACGCUAGUUAAUUGUCUGGAACAUGGAGGAGGGGAGUCAGAAGAUGUGGAGAGACUUCUGAUAAUAGAACCACUGAAUCAAAAUCCAUAUACUGUUGAGAUAGAUGGGGAAAUUCGAAUAAAAUGUGUUGCUUCUGGCUUUUUAGAAGAGAUUAAGACCUAUUGGGAAAGGAUGAAAGGACCAGGAAAUAUUAAACAUAUCACUAGUAUGUAUAACCCUACACCGGAAGAUUCUAAUAAAUACGAGGCCAGACAUGGCUCAUCGUCGGGGGACGACACAGUUGAUGAAUUUUACUUGACUAUCAAACAUAUAUCGUAUGAAGACGAGGCUGGAUAUAACUGCUAUACAUUCUAUGGCGGAAAGAAAAUAGAAAGUACACUUAUUCUGAAAGUAGACGGUCCACCUAAUAUUAAAUUGUUUGAACAGUUUAUCAGUGUUCAAGAGGGAUUCACUGUCAAUUUAAGUUGCCAUUUUCGAGCGAAGCCAAAACCUUAUAAUACUUCCUACUGGAGCCUAAAUGGGAUGAAACUACAAACAGUCAACCACAGUGCCAAGUAUUCCGCUUCCUUUCGCAGCAUUCCUGGUAUUAUGCCUGGUUAUGGAGAAUUUAACCUGCAAGUAAAAGAUACAAAGACAACAGAUUCUGGAAAUUACACAUGUUUGAUAUUAAAUUAUUUCGGGCGUGCAGUAGAAACUAUCGAUCUUCAAGUCUCCAAAGCAUGGAAUGAUUCUGUACGUGACUCAGGUGUUAAACCAUUGACUAUAUCAAAGAUUUAUCCAGACUCUCGCACAUUGAAUAGUGAUCUAUAUUCAGAAUUCAAGGUUAUUUGUGCAGUUAAGGGAUUUGCAUACCCUCAAAACAUGACAUGGGUUUUUUAUGGGGUUGCUGGAAACUACUUACAGUUGUCAGCGGAUGAAGAGGUAAUGAUCAGUGAUACUACUGUAAAGACAUUUUCAACACAAAACAGGACAGGAUGUUUUUACACUUUGUAUGUUGAUAGACUUCAUUUUAGUAACAGUGGAAAAUAUGUGUGUGAAGCUUCUAGUGUUGAUACUGGUUUAGCAAUGGACUACCUUAACUUGACGGUAUCAGGUAUGCCGAUAGUGGAAUCCAGUGAUUUUGUAUUGAAUGCUACGUUAGGACAAUCAAUUUCAAUGAAAUGCCAUAUAUGGUCGUACCCACAUCCAUCUUAUACAGUGUGGAAACUAGAGGAUAGUUUGUUAUCAUCAAGUUCUAGAUACAAGACUGAAAUAACGGGUUUAAACCCUAUAGAACAAAAUUCUUUGCUGACUAUUUCGUCUAUUACCACUGAUGACUUUGGUGUCUAUGCAUGUAGAGUGUAUAAUACUCUUGGAUCUGCUAUGGCUAUUCAUAUUAUACAAGAUGUUAAUGAAUGCAGCUAUAACCCUCCAUGCAACCAGGGCUGCAAAAAUAAUAUUGGUUCCUACAUUUGUGUGUGCAAUGAUGGAUAUGCCUUUACAAAUGACAGUUUGACUUACUGUGAAGAUAUAAAUGAAUGUAUCAAACCAGACACACAGACCUGCUCUCAAAUAUGUACGAAUUUAAAUGGGUCAUUUUUAUGUUCCUGCAAGGAUGGAUAUACAAUUGAAAGUAACAAUUAUGACUGCAAAAAUAAUAUGGACCUUGGUUCUGGCGAAGAGAAUGAUACAGAUCAAUUAUCAAUGGAAAUUACUCCAGAAACAUUGUAUUCAGUUAUUGGAGUGUGUGCAGGUGGACUUUUGGCAAUUGUUCUAUUGAUAUUGACAGCCAUUUACUGUAGAAGACUAACAUUGCAAGUGGAUGAAUGUGAUGGCUUGAAAUCUGUCUUCAAUUCUAAUGUAGCGUAUGAGAAAAAUGCUGAAAAAGAUAAUGUUAAUUUGAAUUGUUAUCUCUCGAACAUCAAUAAUUCCAUAUUAGAAGAUGAAUUUCCACGACAAAGUUUGCAGCUUGGAAUAGAUCUUGGUCAGGGACGAUUUGGUAAAGUAAUGAUGGCUCGCGCAUUGAAUAUCUCUGGCCAUGGAAACUGGGAAAUGGUAGCUGUCAAAACUUGUAGAGGUUCAUCUUCUGAUUGCGAGAAAGAAGAUCUUAUUCAGGAAUUGGACGUUAUGAGAAAGAUUCCUAAACAUAAAAAUAUUGUUUCAUACUUAGGAUGCUGUACAAAACAAGAUCCUGUGUAUAUUUUGAUGGAAUAUGUAAAGGGAGGCAAUCUUCAAUCAUAUUUACGAAAAUGUCGACCAAGUCAACAGACUGCAACCAGUGAGGAGAUUUUGCCACCUAGUGCGAAAGACUUGAAAAUGAUUUCAUUAGGAGUAGCUAGAGGGAUGAGUAAUUUACAUACUAGUGGAAUUAUCCAUCGAGACUUGUCAGCGAGGAAUAUCUUGAUUACUCCAGAUUUUACUUGUAAAAUCUGUGAUUUUGGCCUAAGUAGAGAUGUUGAGGGUUGUGAUGUUUAUGAAAGGACAUCGAAGGGACCCCUACCAAUUAGAUGGAUGGCGCCUGAAUCAUUAAAUGACCAAAUGUUUACAAAGAAAACUGAUGUCUGGUCAUAUGGUGUACUAUUGUGGGAGAUCGUUACACUUGGAGCCACGCCAUAUCCAGGAAUGACAGUAAGGGAGGUAAUUCAAGAUGUAACCAUUGGUAAAUGGUUACAGAAACCCUUUCAUUGCAAACAAGAACUGUACCUAUUGAUGACAAGAUGCUGGGGCGCAGAACCUGAAAGUCGUCCAACAUUUAAAGAGAUUGUCUGUGAUGUGGAAUCUUUGCUUUCCCAGGAGGCAGAAUAUAUAGAACUGAAUACAUACCAAGAGGACAAAUAUAAUAUGUUGGAAAACACAUCUGAUGAACGGGUGUGAUUUUAUAACCAAAUUGACAGAAUUUUAUAUAAUUAGUAUCAUGAGUAUUAAUUUUUUUUUUUUAUAAAUUGGUUUCAUUAUCCUUUCUGUUAUUCAGUCAUAUACUUAUGAAAAUUUCAGACGAGAGGACUUUGUCUCCAUGUCAUUUUGUAAAUGAAGGUGUAAUACCAACAAAUCAUAGUACAUCACUUCCGGUUGCACACACAAAAGGGUCGAAAAAAUUAUUCCCUUGAUCUUUUCAAGACAUUUAUUCAUGGAAAAUGAAUUGUACCUUGAGUGCAAAAGAGAUUGCAUUUAAUCACAAAUUCUAAAAGACAUCAUCUUCAAAAACCUGGAAUUAAAAGAUUUUCGUUGGUCGUUGUCUAUCCUCUUUUGUUUUUCGUUUAUUUGAUUUCCACAUUAAACAGGCUUUGGGUUUUUUUUCUAUUUAUUGUUUUACAUUAAGUUAAUUUGCUUUGGCUUUUUGUAUCAUACGGUAUGGUUUUUCUCCAUUGUUAAAGGCCGUAUGGUAACCUAUAUUUGCUUACAUCUGCAUCAUUAAAUAAACGAUUGUCUCUGAUGGGUAGUUAUCCAAACGUUAGUCGUACAAUAUUUCCUCGAAAUGCCGCCUCUAACUGCCUUAUCAUAUGGUAUACGUUUGACAGGACUGUGUACAUGGUUUAUGAGUGGAUUUGGCAUACAUAGAUAAAAUGCAAAGGUUCAAAAAUAGGAAAGCGAUAGGUGAGGUUGUUAGGUUUGAUAUAUGCCUGUGCUUCUUUAUUAAAUAUUUGAUGUUUUUGUUGUGAUAAAGAUGCUUGUGGUACUUGUAUGUCCUGUCAUUUUAGUUUAUGAUAUUUUCGUACAUGUAUGUAUGUGGCGUGGCUCUGUGCUUAUAUAUCCAUUUAUUGUGCCAUGGACUGUGCUUUGGCAAAUUUAUGCUAUUUUGUGCUUCUUUGUUACAUAUUUGUUUGAUUUUUUUAGUCAUUAAGAUUAUAACACAAUAUUGACUGCUGUAUAUUUGACAUUUUUAUCUAUUAUGUUUGUUUGUUUUGUUCACGAAUCAUUGUCAAUAUAAUGGAUUAUGAUGCGACUGUCAUAAAAGUGAGAGAUUUAGCUAGCUAUAAAAUCAGUUUCAAUCUACCAUUUUCUACAUAAGAAAAUGCCUGUAACAAGUCAGGAAUAUGAUACAGUGAAACCUGUUUAAACCGAACCUCAUCGGGACUUAGGAUUUUGUUCGGUUUUGACCGAUGUUCGGUUUUAUCAGGUUCACAACGCACAUAAUUUGAUAUGACGGUGCUUACGAACCUGUUUGGUUUAGACAUGUUUUCUGUUUAUGCAGGAUUCGGUUUAGUCAGGUUUCACUGUAGUUAUUAUCCACUCGUUUGAUUUGUAUGAGCUUUUGAUUAUGCCAUUCGAUUAGUUACUUUCCGUUUUGAAUUUCCGUAGAGUUCAGUAUUUUUGUGAUUUUACUUUUUUCAACUUUUUCAAGUUUUGCAAUAUUAUUUUCUGCGGACUAUGAUUAUAAUAAUAAAAAUAUAUAUUAGAA